UGUCAACGAUAAAACUGAUCUGACUCUGGCUCCGAGGCAGUCCGUUAUUAAGGAGAUAAAAUAAUACACGGAGUUUUACCUUCUUCAUUUAUAGAUUUAAACCGUCCUCAGCUUCAGGUGCGUCGUUUUCUAACCUUUGAGGAUGAAUCCAGUUUGGUUUAUCCUGUCGAUCAUACUCCUGCCACUGACAACUGUUCAAGCUGUCACCUACAAGAAACCAGGAGACACAGUUGUCCUUAGUCCAGGCUCUGUGACUUCUCCCAUCACCAGUAUAACAUGGAAACAUAAUUCAAACCUGGCUGCAGAGUGGUACGGAGGAGACAUGAUUGACUUCUACCGAGGUUUCAAAGGUCGCUGUCAACUCAAUACUGAAACUGGAGAGUUGACCAUCCCAAAGCUGACACUAGAGGACAGUGGCAUCUACACACCAGAGAUCAACAACAGAGUCUUGGCUACAACUGAAGUCAAGAUUAUCUCUGGCGUCUCCAAACCAACUGUGUCAGAAAACUGUGAUGCUGAAAAGACCCACUGUGUUCUGACCUGUGAAGGCAUCACUACAGACUCUGAACCAGUCACCUACACCUGGUGGUCAGGUGAUGUGGUGAAGAGUCAAACCAAUCAGCUCAUAAUAACAAAGGACAAUACGGAGCCUUCGUUUACCUGUGAGUUAGAAAACCCAGUCAGCUCUGAACGCAGCAGAGAAGUCCUCAACACUUUCACCUCCUCCUCCUCCUCCUCCAUCACUGAUGAAGUUCCUAAACCAACUGUCUCCAUGAGCUGUGACAAUGAAAAGACCCACUGUGUUCUCACCUGUGAAGGCAACACUAGAGACUCUGAACCAGUCAACUACACCUGGAAGUCAGGUGAUGUGGUGAAGAGUGAAACCAAGGAGUUUAAAAUAACAAAGAAUGAUACGGAGGCUUCAUUUGUCUGUACGGUGAAAUAUCUCUUUGGCUCUGAAAGCAGCAAAGCAGUCAACAACCCUUUCGCCACCAACUGUAUCCCAGAAUGCACUCCGUGGGCGUCAUCAAUUCCAGUUGUAGAAGCUGAAGAAGAAGAAGAAGAAGAAGAAGAAGAAGAAGAAGGAAGUGAAAUUAAAAAUAAACCGCGUCCUGUCGUUGGUCAGUUCAUCAGCUGUUUCCGUAGAAACUCUCUCACCAUGUGAAUCACGUAGACAUAUGUAGUAGACGCCGCAUUGAGCGGGUUUGUCCGUUGCUGCGAUACGUCAACGCGUCCGCCAUAUUGGAUGUGGCAGAUCUGCCCCAUAAACUAAUAAAAGGCAACUCAACUUCAUAAAGCGCCUUUUCUACAAAGUGCUAAUGCCUCUUAUUCACCCAUUCACACACACACUAAUAUAUCUGGCAAACAAAUAGGCGCCCAAAACAACAUAUGUAACUUUUAAAGGGAUGAUUAUAAAUGUUUACUCCUUAUGUUUAGGAUAUAGGUGGCACCAAACGAACUUACGUAUUUUUCUAAUAUUUUCAUGACUAUUUACAGCUACUAAUGUGUGUAACACUGUUACUGUGAUGAUAAAUAUUGAAGUAUUUAUAUUUAACAUCUAAUCUGUAUCUAUCCCACUAAACAUUAGACGUCUGAUGGACGUGCAGAUCAUGUCUAUAUUAUGGUCCACGACCAAUUCUGGAUGUCCACUCGACGUGUAAACUAGCUCCGAUAUUUGGUCGUCUAACCAUGACCCGAUUUAGACGUCAAUAUACUGUUCAAAAUAUGAACGUCAGACUAGGUCCCUUUUUUGGAGGUCACAUAGACGUCUAAGACAGGUGCAGUAUUUUAAAAUCACAAUCAUUGUUAUCAAUGUGAAUAACUAGCAAUAUAAAUUAUGUGAGAUUAAACACCAUUUUAUUAUUUUGUUUAAUUAAUUAUUUAUUUAUUGACUCCAUGUUUUAUUUUUAUUAUUUUUUCGUUUGUUUUCGUGUUUAUUUUCAUGUUCUCCCUGUAUUUAUGGAGUCAGGUCUGUUUAGGAUGAACCAUUAAGCUAAUAUUAGUUCUGCACCACAGACGUACAAUGACAGAUUAUCAUACCAAAAGUUUACUAUCACAUAGGAAAUGUAUUAAAGGGGUCGUAUUAGUAUUGGAAUUAUUGAUCGUUCAUCGUACAGAGGGUGAAAUAAUUGUAAUAAUAUGAUUAUCAUACCAUAGAUAUACUGUACAACCACUGUUAUAUAAUAACCAGAUCCUGACAUAAAGAUGUGACAUGAGGGUUUUAUGAAUAAAGAGC